AUCUGUGGUAAAUCAUUCUCUUCAAGUAGUCAUUUGAUUUGUCACAAACGUAUUCAUACAGGAGAGAAUCCAUACCCUUGUCAUAUCUGUGGUAAAUCAUUCUUUUAUAAUAGUCAGUUGACUUAUCACUUACGUAUUCACACUGAGGGAAAACCUCAUCACUGUGAUAUCUGUGGUAAAACAUUUUUUAGAAAUAGUGAUUUAACUAUUCACAAAUGCAUUCAUACAGGAGAGAAGCCAUUUUCUUGUGAUGUCUGUGGUAAAUCAUUCUCUCAAAGUGGUACCUUAACUAAACACAAACGUAUUCAUACAGGAGAGAAACCAUAUCAUUGUGAUAUCUGUGGUAAAUCAUUUACUGAAAGUGGUCACUUGAAUAAGCACAAGCGUAUUCAUACAGGAGAAAAGCCAUAUCAUUGUGAUACCUGUGGCAAGUCAUUCUCUGAAAGUGGUGUCUUAACUAAACACCAGCGCAUUCAUACAGGAGAGAAGCCAUUUCAUUGUAAGAUCUGUGGCAAAUCAUUCUCUUGUAAUAGUCAUUUGACUACUCAUAGACGUCUUCAUACUGGGGAAAAACCAUAUCACUGUGAUAUCUGUGGUAAAUCAUUUUCUGAUAAUAGCACUUUAACUCAACAUAAACGUGUUCAUACAGGGGAAAAACCAUAUCAUUGUGAUAUCUGUGGUAAAUCAUUUUCUCAUAAUAGCACUUUAACUAAACAUAAACGUAUUCAUACAGGAGAGAAACCAUAUCAUUGUGAUAUCUGUGGUAAAUCAUUCUCUGAAAAUAGCCAUUUGAUUUGUCACAAACAUAUUCAUACUGGAGAAAAACCAUAUCAUUGUGAUAUAUGUGGUAAAUCAUUUUUUGACAGUGGUAACUUGAAUAGGCAUAAGCGUGUUCAUACAGGAGAGAAACCAUAUCAUUGUGAUAUCUGUGGUAAAUCAUUUUUUGACAGUGGUAACUUGAAUAGGCAUAAGCGUGUUCAUACAGGAGAGAAACCAUAUCAUUGUGAUAUCUGUGGUAAAUCAUUUUUUGACAGUGGUAACUUGAAUAGGCAUAAGCGUAUUCAUACAGGAGAGAAACCAUAUCAUUGUAAUAUCAGUGGUAAAUCAUUCUCUGGAAGAAGUGUCCUAACUAAACACCAGUGCAGGACAGAAACCAUAUCAUUGUGAUAUCUAUGGUAAAUCAUUCUCUGGAAGAAGUGUCCUAACUAAACACCAGUGCAGGACAGAAACCAUAUCAUUGUGAUAUCUAUGGUAAAUCAUUCUCUCAAAAACGCCAUUUAUGUACACAUGUGAGUCUUCACACAAAAGUGCAACCAUUCAGUAUUAAUCUUUAUUACAACAAUUAUGACUAUUUUUUUCUGCUGAAAGGCAGGGCUAUUUUUAUCUCUUCAAAUAUGAUGUUAUCGACUUCAAUUUCAAUAAUGUCAACAUCAAAUUCAUGAAUGUCAUGUAUAUAUAUGGAAGUAUAUCAACAAUGCCUUUGAUUUCUGAAGAUGAUUGCUCUGGACUUUUGAGCAAUUUGUUUUGAGAGAAUAAAGAAAUGGGAAUAAUGAAUAAAAGGUUACACUGAAGUUGA